AUGGGAUGUAAUUACUCAGAACAAACCAAAGAAGAGUUUAAUAGUAAAGUUUAUAAGCAAGCAGCAGCUAUCCAAGAACUUUUGAUAAAGAAGGAAGAGCUUUUGCAAAUUAUAAAUAAGCUUCAAAAGCAAGAGUUUUUAGUCCCAAAUAUUAAAACUCAAAAAAGAGAAUUUUAUCCAAAGAUUAGUAUAAUUGAGGAACAAAUAAAUAACCUUCAAAGUAAAAUUAAUGAUUCAAGGCAACAUACAAGUAGCCCAGAAAUUAAUAUUAACUCCCCCCCCUCCGUGAGUGAGCAAAAAAAUUUUGUUCACUCACGGAGGGGGGUUAAUUUUUUUUUAAAAAAUUUAUAUAUAUAAAUUUUAUAAAAAAUUUUUGUUUUUUCGAAAUUUAAAAAAACCCUAAUUCGCAAAAUUUUGAAAGCAAAUAUUAAUUUAAUUUAUAAAAUUUAUGUUUUAAAAAGCAAUUUGUUUAAAAUUAAACAGAAUUAGCUCUAGAUUUCAUUAUACUAAUUAUCAUUUAUAUAUCAAAAUUUUUUCCAUAAAAAAUUUUUCUAUUAAAAAAAAUUUCUGUUCACUCACGGAGGUGGGUUUUUUGGGCAAAAAAUAGGGAUUUUUCUAAUGGUUUUGUUCACUCACGGAGGGGGGGGGAGUAAGAAAAUUGAUAUUGAAAUUCCAAAAGAAGAAGCAGAGAGGGAUAAAGAUCCAAAAGUAUCUAAAUCUCGGAAGCAUAGUUAAGUUAAACUAGCCAGGCCAUACGUGGCGAACCAAUGGACCUCACACACCUCAGCUCGAAAGGUGACUCCAAAUCGGGUUCUGAUGUGGUCAUAUUCCCAGACCCGUCGCCAUCUUGAUUUCUGGUCUGAACCACCUGUCCAGAGGAUCAGCUCCUUUGGACAGAUCCACUUCUUGGAGAGUGCCCCGAUGGUCCCGAUGCGGAGAGACCAUGUGGUAUUAAAAAUCUGUCUAGCCCAUCUGGCAGGGACAGGGAAAACCUUCGGGGGAGAAAUAAAACUUCCUUUUCGGCAUACCUCUGAAGGCCUACCUGGGCAGGAAGCCCUAUGUCUCAGCUUCAUCAGAAAUGGGUCCUACCAGCUCCAUAGGAGGUGCUUUCUCGGAGUCCAAUUUCCGUCAACGUCACCAUUUUAUUUCGGAAGCAUAGGAUUAGAUCAAACAGUUCACAUAUUUUAGAAGAUCCAUCCAUAAAAUCGAUCAUUGAAAGUAAGAAAAAGAUAUUAGAAAGGAAAAAAACAGAAGAAGGCUAA